CAAGUUUGUGCGUCCUUUUGGAUGGCUCCGUAUCUCCCCCGCAUGCUCGGCCAUCUAAUUCAGGCUUCGGUGCGAUGCUACGGCUCCCUUGGUGGCCUCGCUCGCACGCUCCUCGUUCGUAUAAAUCGAUGGCAACGACCUGUGUAUCCCGCCUUCCCGCACGUAGUAGGCACCCACCAGUCCUCGUCCUCACACGAUGCGCUCCAUAACGACGGACCUCGCGCUUCUCGCUGCAGCGUCUGCGCUUCUGAAAGACGCUACAGCUUCUUUGUACGAGGCCCGUGCAGAAGAUCCAUGCGCGAAGAUCGCUGGACAGUCCUAUGUUGCCCCCGCUGACGCGCGUGCGUGUCUGUCCUAUUUCCCGUUCAACGAGACUCUGCGCCAGAAUGUGCUCGAUGUCGUGUCCAAGGUGUUUGACUUUUACACCUUCGAGGACUACUACUUGGCUCCCAUCGCCGAGUUUGGUCAGCCGGCCGUGAACAUCCGUGAUGAGUUGGCGAGGAUUAACAGCACAGGCUAUGCGUCCGACUACGCGUUCAACAAGGAUCUCUUCGAUGUGGUUAACGGCCUGAACGACGGUCACACGGGCUGGUACACGUACUGCUACUGGGAGACCUUCCAGAACCUGCUCCCCGCGCCGGUGAUCUCCCUCGAAGUAGACGGCGCCCAGGACGUCUACGUCGUUCCGGAUCUCGUGGAGUUCAUCUCCCUCCUCGGCACCGAGUACACCAGCUACUACGCCUCGCUCGGCUUCGACUGGGCCCGGCUCGCGGGCGCGCGCGUCGUAAGCAUCGAGGGCCUCCCCGCGUACUCGUACGUGGACUACAUCGCCGACACCGUCUCGGGGAACUACCUCGACCACGGCGUGCGCGUGAACAGCGUGUUUAGCAGCUAUCGGAUCAGCGGGGGCAACUACUCGCAGCGGUUCGGCGACCUCGCGGGCCCGGUGUUUCCCGACCUGGACAACCUGACCAUGGAAGUCAUACUUGGGAACGGGACGGAGCCCGAAACGGUCGUCAUACCCUACUUGGCGGGCUACCUCGGAGAGCCGUUCACGGACGCGGCGUCGUACUGGGCGAAUAACUGCGCGGCGAACAACGAGACGAACGGCGUGGACUACCUAACGCAGGGUGCGGCGGCUGCUCGAUCGCGUGCGACUCUCCAGCCCCGCGGGGCGCUAGCGGCGUCGAACUCGCAGGGCUUCGGGAUCCCGUCCCAGUUCGUGCCCAACCUGACCGCGAUCUACGGAGAAGACAUCCUGUGGAGUUACAUCCUGCCUGACAACAAGACUGGCGUGAUGUUCGUUGGCUCGUUCGAGCCUGAGGACUACUACGGGUUCCAAUCCCAGGUCGCAAGUGUCAUCUCCACGUUCUUGGAGGCUGGGGUAACACAGCUGCUCAUUGACCUGUCGAACAACGGCGGCGGCUACGUCUGUCUGGGCGAGUUCUUGCACACCUACCUCGCAGGCGCGGACUUCGGCUUCCCUGGCUAUUCCUCCGCUGUGCGCGCGAACACCCUCGCCCAGAAGAUCGUCGCAGCCGACAUCGCGCAGGGCAUCAAUGACAGCUAUGCCUUCUACCCUCCAGACAACUGGGCGUAUGAGGGUAAUGAUACCGCCAUGGAUCAGUCGUACAACUACAUCACUCCGUAUGUGACGCGGACGAUCAACGGCGUGGCGUACAACGAGUCACAGCGGUUCUACGAUGUCUGCACGCCGUUCAACGUCACGAUCCCCGCGGCGCCGCCCUUUGACCUCAGCAAGGUCGCGAUCGUGGGCAACGGCGACUGCGCGUCGACCUGCGCACAGUUCAGCACGCUCAUGUACGAGCGCCACAACACGACCAUCGCGAUCUUCGGCGGGAAGCCGGGCGAGACGAUGCAGUUCAAGGGCAUGGCGGGCGAGCAGGUCCUCGAGUGGUACGACAUCGACUCGGAGAUUAAAACCGCCGGCUUGCAGGACGAUCCUCUGGCGCCCCCGGACUUAUUGGUGAAUGCGGACUUCCGCCACAACUGGAGGACCGCUUAUAGCUGGGAGGAUGAAGAGAUUCCCAUUGCGUACUACUCCGAUCUUCCCCAGUUGCGUUUCCCGUAUACUCCAGACACGUACAUGAGCCCACAGGCCCUCUGGAUCUUCGCGGCGGAGCAGAUAUUUGGCUCGUCUACACAAUAGAUGUGUGGGCAACUAGAAGGGUACACCCUGGUAACCCUGUGUUCUCGGGUAUCAG